AUGUGGUUAUUUGACUGGUUCCAAGACGUGUUGUCAUCCCUUGGCUUGUGGAACAAGCACGCCAAGCUUCUUUUCCUUGGUCUCGAUAACGCCGGGAAAACUACUCUUCUUCAUAUGCUUAAGAACGAUCGUCUUGCCACACUUCAACCAACAUGGCAUCCAACUUCUGAAGAAUUGGCCAUUGGUUCUGUCAAGUUCACCACCUUUGAUUUGGGUGGUCACUUGCAAGCCAGAAGAUUGUGGAAGGACUACUUCCCUGAAGUCAAUGGGAUUGUAUUUUUGGUUGAUGCUGCUGAUCCAGAACGUUUUGCUGAAUCCAAGGCCGAACUUGAGUCCUUGUUCAAGAUUGAAGAGUUGAGCAAUGUUCCAUUCUUGAUCUUGGGUAACAAGAUUGACGCUGACACCGCUGUUGGUGAAAUGGAAUUGAAGGCUGCCUUGGGCUUGUACGGCACCACUGGUAAGGAUGGAUCCAAGUUACCAGAGGGCCAAAGACCAAUCGAGUUGUUCAUGGUCUCCGUUGUGAUGAGAAUGGGUUACGGUGACGGUUUCAAAUGGUUAUCCCAAUACAUUUAG